CCUGCCGGGUCAUGUGAACAAACAGCUGCUGGAGUAGGUCCCUGUUUCCCGGCUCUGCUGGCCGUCAGCUUCCCUGGGCCGCUUCGGGGCCGCUGAUUUCAGCCCCGGCAUGGCCAACGUCUCCAAAAAGGUGUCAUGGUCGGGGCGCGACCACGACGAGGCGGAGGCCACGGUGCCUCGGAGGCCGCAGCCGCCGCUCACGGAGCUGCAUGGGGAGAGCACACCGCUGCUGAACGGGGCCGGGCCGGCGGCAGCACAGCAGCCCUCCCAUUCAGCAUUUUUCCGCAUCGGUCACCUGAGCAACGUAGAGCUGGACGAUGAACUACUUGAUUCGGAGAUGGAUGCACCUCAUCAUUUCCCCCGGGAGAUUCCACAUAAUGAGAAACUCCUGUCUCUGAAGUAUGAGAGUUUGGAUUAUGACAAUAGUGAAAACCAGUUGUUCCUGGAAGAAGAGAGGAGAAUAAACCACACAGCUUUUCGGACAGUAGAGAUCAAACGCUGGGUCAUCUGUGCCAUGAUUGGGAUUCUGACUGGCUUAGUUGCAUGCUUCAUUGACAUCGUAGUGGAGAACUUGGCAGGACUGAAAUACCGAGUAGUAAAAGACAAUAUUGACAAGUUUACAGAAAAGGGGGGAUUGUCUUUCUCCCUGUUACUCUGGGCAACACUGAAUUCGGCCUUUGUGAUCGUCGGCUCCGUGAUUGUUGCCUUUAUAGAGCCUGUCGCUGCUGGCAGUGGAAUUCCCCAGAUUAAAUGCUUCCUCAAUGGUGUCAAGAUUCCCCAUGUGGUUCGACUCAAGACACUGGUGAUUAAAGUGUGUGGUGUGAUUUUAUCUGUGGUUGGAGGACUGGCUGUUGGAAAGGAAGGGCCAAUGAUUCACUCUGGAGCUGUUAUAGCAGCUGGUAUUUCUCAAGGAAGAUCAACCUCUUUGAAGAAAGACUUCAAGAUCUUUGAAUACUUCCGAAGAGACACAGAGAAGCGAGACUUUGUUUCAGCGGGAGCAGCGGCUGGUGUCUCGGCUGCUUUUGGAGCCCCUGUAGGGGGCGUCCUGUUCAGCUUGGAAGAAGGUGCUUCCUUCUGGAAUCAGUUCCUGACAUGGAGAAUUUUCUUUGCCUCCAUGAUUUCCACAUUCACCCUGAAUUUUGUUCUAAGUAUUUACCAUGGAAACAUGUGGGAUCUCUCUAGCCCUGGUCUCAUCAAUUUUGGAAGAUUUGACACUGAGAAAAUGGCAUACACAAUCCAUGAGAUCCCCAUCUUCAUUGCCAUGGGUGUAGUGGGUGGUAUUCUUGGAGCAGUGUUCAAUGCCUUGAAUUAUUGGCUGACAAUGUUUCGCAUGAGGUACAUUCACCGCCCUUGCCUCCAGGUGAUUGAAGCCAUGCUUGUGGCUGCAGUCACUGCCACAGUUGCAUUUGUACUGAUUUACUCAUCUCGGGAUUGCCAGCCACUUCAAGGGAAUUCCAUGUCUUACCCACUUCAGCUGUUCUGUGCAGAUGGAGAAUAUAAUUCGAUGGCUGCAGCCUUCUUCAACACCCCGGAGAAAAGUGUUGUCAGCCUUUUUCAUGACCCCCCAGGUUCCUACAACCCCAUGACCCUAGGACUAUUCACUCUGGUCUAUUUCCUGCUGGCGUGUUGGACCUAUGGGCUCACUGUGUCUGCUGGAGUCUUCAUUCCAUCCCUCCUCAUUGGUGCUGCCUGGGGAAGACUCUUUGGCAUAUCACUGUCCUACCUUACCAGUGCUGCAAUAUGGGCCGACCCUGGCAAGUAUGCCCUGAUGGGGGCUGCUGCCCAGCUUGGUGGCAUUGUGAGAAUGACUCUGAGUCUGACUGUCAUCAUGAUGGAGGCUACGAGCAACGUGACUUAUGGUUUCCCCAUCAUGUUGGUUUUGAUGACAGCAAAAAUUGUUGGAGACUUCUUUAUUGAGGGUCUUUAUGACAUGCAUAUCCAGCUGCAGAGUGUCCCCUUCCUCCACUGGGAAGCUCCAGUUACUUCUCACUCACUCACUGCCAGAGAGGUGAUGAGUACACCAGUUACCUGUCUACGGAGAAGAGAGAAAGUUGGGGUUAUAGUGGACGUCCUCAGUGACACUUCCUCGAAUCACAAUGGCUUCCCAGUGGUGGAGUACUCUGACGAUGGCCAGCCGGCAAGAUUACAGGGCUUGAUCCUGCGUUCCCAGUUGAUUGUCCUCUUGAAGCAUAAGGUGUUUGUGGAGAGGGCUAGUCUGAACCUGGUCCAGAGGAGACUGAAACUGAAGGACUUUCGAGAUGCCUACCCCCGCUUCCCACCCAUCCAGUCAAUUCACGUGUCUCAGGAUGAGCGAGAAUGCAUGAUGGACCUCACAGAGUUCAUGAACCCCUCCCCAUACACAGUGCCUCAGGAGGCAUCACUUCCGAGAGUGUUCAAGCUUUUCCGAGCACUGGGACUCAGGCAUUUGGUGGUGGUAGAUAAUCAUAAUCAGGUGGUUGGGAUGGUGACGAGAAAAGACCUUGCAAGAUACCGAUUAGGAAAAGGAGGGUUGGAAGAGCUCUCCUUGGCUCAGACGUGAGGGGCUUCGCGUCAUGUCUCUCUGCAGGGCAAGUGUUACUGACCACUGGAAACCCUCUGCCUCCUCGUGUUCCUUAGCCCUCUCAUCUGAGGCCUUGUUUCUCUGGAGGCCACGGAAGUGAAAAAUCCUCCCAGGCUUCCAAGCUGCCUCCCCAAGCGCAAACCUGGCUGCUCCAGGUUCCAGUUCAGUGUUUUAAUUUGACAUGCAUUGUGGGUAGAUUUGUUUACAUUUUAAUAAUUUUGUCUCGGGUUUGUUAUCAUUGGAUUCCAUUUUUAUUCUAUCCUUUUAUGUUUCUUUACCUGAAAGGAUCAAAUGAGUUUAACUUUCCUUUCUAGUUGUACUCCUUGUCUGAGAGCAAGUAGGUGAGGGAGCUUGUGUCUGUGUAUACACAUGUAGAGAGGAUGUGGAGGCCAGUCCUGCUGCACCGAGCUGAAUCCCAGAGUCUGUUACACCUGCUGUGUUCCGCUCCCGCUGACCCCGCUGUGGCCACACUGGCCGAACUUGGCUUAUUUGUUUUGCACAGUCCAACACGAUGCUCAGGAAUCUCUCUGGGGAUUUCCUGAAAGAGCCCUGAGACUGCAGUAGAUGUUUCACCUUCUCCCCCCGUUACAUUCCGCAUAACUGGCCUGUGCCUCCCCUGUCUCGGCAUGGCUUGAGGAGGCCUGUAGCAUUGGUGCCUGACUGUCCUGUCUCCAGAGCAGUGGUUGUGUUUGUAUUGGACCAGGGGAAGAGAAGUGGCCUGAGGACUAGGAAAGCCCCACACGCUGACCGACCUAAGUUUUUCCUGGAACUGGGCUUAUGAAAAACCUUGCCUACCCUCCAGAGAGCAGCUCACAGUGUUAGUACUACCCAUGAAAUCCCCUUCCUUUCAGCACUGGCUCCUUGUGGGCUGAGGGGACCUCGAAUCUGUUAUCUCUUUCCUCCAAGGACAGACUUCAGAGCCAAACAAGUCUGGUUGUGGCAACAGAGGAAAUGUGAGAUGUGGCCCAUCCUUACUGAGGCGGCUUGUGAUUGUGGGCAACAUGAGACGGAUGGGUAAUCUGCUGUGGCUCUGUCCCCCUGGUCUGAGGUCAGGUCGGCUGGCCUUGUCCCACCUGACUUCUCAGAGCAUCCUUGCUGUGGCGUCGUGGAAUCUGGAAGCUGCUUCCUGGUGGUGGUUGUGACGCCUCCUGUCAUCCCAUGUUGGUGGUUGUGGCAUCACUCCCUCCUCCCUGAAUCUUGGCCAUUCAGUCAGAAACACUUCUUUUAAGCACGCUUUCUUAGGGGUUUGGCACACGCUGUAUUUAUGUCCGUGAAAGGUAUUUAUGUGAUGAAUCCUUCAGGUAUUAGCAUAUGACUCUUGUUAAUGUGCUUCUACGUGUUUUCCCCAUCGAUUAGAGCUGGUUACAAAUGCAAAGCCUACUUUGUCCUGCAGAUGCUUGCUGUGAGUUACGCUGAGCUUUUUAAAAGCAGGACCGGAGAGGCCCUUGCCGGGCGGCCUCUCUUUGGUUCCCUCAGUCAUUGUUCAUGCCGUGCCCUUGACAGCACUGUAGGGCAUGGGGCCUGUGGCUCAUCGUAAGGGGACAUGCUCUGUCAUAGGUUUUAAUAACUGGCCAGGGCUCCCGGGGGGAGGGAGGGCGCUUCUUACAGGUAUCUGGUCAGUAAUUCCUUCAUUAAUAGGUAAAGACCAGCUCUGCCCAUAACAUGUUGGGUAGCAUGCUAUUUCUGUGACCCCAGGUUCUGUCUACCUGCCCUCCAACCACUACUCAUUGGCCUUGGUGUGUAUUCUUACCACUGUGGUCCAGACCCGGCUGGCCACCUCUCUGCAGCCUUCCCCACUGCCACAGCCUCCCGGGGCUGACUCUCUUCCCCAUCUUCACUCUCAUGUGUGUUGCUGUUUUUCUGUACUCGGGGAGAGAGGCCUGCUUUGAUGAAGACUAGGUUUGGGGGUUCGUUCUGUCACUGACUCCUGCACAGAUUAGUUCUUCGGGUAGUCCUUUUAAAAACAUUUUAAGUGUUCCCAUGGCCAUGCUCCUUCUGUUUGCUGUGGGAAGCAGCACACUUUGGUUUGUGGUUUUUAUAGUUUGGGCAAAUGUUGCAGUUUGAUUUUAUCUCUGUUGAAACUAGUGGUGGCUUUAAUGAAUGAAGAGUAGGGGAUUGUGGGCUUUGCGCCUCCCUGGAAAGCAUAUCACUGCAGCCCUUUAAAGUCUCACCCAGAUCAUGUGCCAAGAAGGAAGUGGGAAGCCUGGAGGUGGGCAGGGGUCAGAAUAUGUAUGAAUAAAGAAAUAAAGGGAUUGAAGUCAA